GACGGAACUCUCCUCUUCUACUCCACCAAGGAUGGAAAGAGUCUUUCUCCUAUCCCCCACGUCUCUGAAAAGAUGAAGGGAACAGCAACCACAAUGGGUUUCUCGCCUAACGAAAAGUAUCUCGCUGUCGGUGAUUCCGAACGCCAUCUUCGUCUCUACCAGGUCAAUUCCUCGUCGGGUGGUGAUAAUUCCCCGCUGGUUACGUUGGUCCACGAGUGGCGCAGCCAUGCGGCUCGAGUGACCUGCUUGGCUUGGAAUCCCAACAGCACCCUCCUCGCCUCUGGCAGCCUGGACUGCAGCAUCAUGAUCUUCAAACCGGACUCCGACACCAGACUGGUUGACUGUCGAAGUAAGCUUCCCAUAAUCCCUUCCCGCCACCCGUAUUUCUGUUGUCUCCAUGCCUGUGCUGCUGAUUUAGCUGCCUCCGCUCUGCGCCCUAUCGCGACU